AUGAAACUCGUGUUAGCCUGCUUAUUUGCACUGAUAGUUUCAGAAGCUUAUUUUGCUCCAUUUACAAAGGUCGAGGAGAGCUUCAAUCUGCAGGCGACCUACGACAUCAUUCAUCAAGUAGGUCAGUUUGACCAUGUCCAGUUUCCCGGUGUCGUGCCGCGUACAUUUGCAGGCGCCUCUCUUCUGAGCGUCAUGGCAUGGCCCGUCAUUCAAUGCGCCCACUUAUCGUCCAUGGAUCAACAAGUAUUGGUGCGUGUUAUUCUGGCAGCAGGUGUUGUUCUCUCAUUGGGACAAUUUGCCUCUGGUGUCAAAUCUCUGUUCGGCUCAACUACAGCAAACAUCACUAUUAUGCUUAUAAUUUGUCAAUUCCACCUCGUGUUCUGGUCGUCUCGUACUUUGCCAAAUACGUUAGCCUUGCCAUGGGUUGAGUUGGGCCUGUCUCAUUGGCUGUAUAGCUUGUCCCAAUCCAGUAGUCGUACAUAUCAUUUGAACUGGAUGAUCCGGUACCUUACAUUUGCUGGUGCUGUGUUCAGAUUUGAAGUUGGCAUCUUGCUGAUCAUCUUGUUGAUAAGUGAAUAUCUCCAUGCGACCAUCUCUCUGUCCAGCGUCUUGAAGCAAAUGGUUACUACUGCCAUCAUCAGCUUGCUCAUCACCGUGCCCCUUGAUUCGUACCUGUGGAAUAGAUGGCUUUGGCCCGAGGGUAUGGUCUUUUACUUUAAUGCGAUUCUCAACAAGAGUUCAGAGUGGGGCACCUUGCCUUUUCAUGCGUAUUUUGCCUCAUUCUUGCCUCGUUUACUGCUCGUGUCAUACCCAUUAGCAUGCUUGAGUUUUGUUACAAAUGAACGUGUGCGUCGCAUGUUGAUGCCCAUGAUCAUUUACAUUGCAGUGUUCUCCUUCUUGCCACACAAGGAAUGGAGGUUUAUUAUCUAUACAAUCCCUGUAUUCACUGCUGCUGCUGCUACUUGCAUCUCGAGAUCCAUUCGGGCCGCUCCUCGUUCUUGGUUACAUCGCAUUGCGCUUUUGGCUAUGCUGGCGGGUGCUGCUGUUUCCUUUGCUAUUGCACUCACCAUGUUCCAAAUCUCUCGCUUGAACUAUCCCGGAGGAGAGGCUCUGUAUGCAUUGCAUGAAAUUGAAAAGAAUAAGCCCUAUGUCUAUGUGCAUAUGGAUGCUGAUACCGCCAUGACCGGCGCAUCGCUCUACGGCCAAUCCAACCCCAAUUGGUCCUACUCCAAGAACGAGACGCACAAGAGUCAAGACGACUACUUGGAGACACGUUAUACCCACAUCAUCACAUCACAACCAGACUUGUUCGAUACAGCACUGUUUGAGAUCAUUGACGAAACAUAUGGAUUGGACAGAGUACAGCUCAAAUCGUUAGACGCAUACAAGAAAUCGAUCCAGAACCACGACAUCUCACCCAUUGAAUUCAGAAUGUCACCUAAGUUAUACACGCUUCGGCUGAUUAAUCCCCAAAAAACAUGGGUGGAAACCAUGUUGCGCAAAUAUCCCGUUGUGCUCUAUAGCAAAAGUUACUGUCCUUACUGUAUGGCAGCCAAACAACUAAUUUCCAAGUACUGCAAGCACAUUGAGGUCAUUGAAGUGGAUCGUCAGAGAAAUGGAUAUGAAAUUCAGGAUGCCUUGAUUGAGUUGACAGGCCAGCGUACGUUCCCCAAUUUGUUCAAACAUGGUAAAAGCUUGGGUGGCUAUGAUCGUCUGUCAGCAUUAGAUAGGGAAGGAAAGUUGGCCGACCUUUGUGAUGUCUAG